UUCAGCCGCGUAGCUCCGCACCAGAAUGGCGGCUCUUUUGGAAUCUCUUCUGUUGAAGAAAGUGGACAAUAAAACGGUCUUGGACUGGCUAAAGAAUAAUAAGGAGGAUGACAGGCUGGCCUUCAGAGAACCUGCGGUGACAGUUCUCAAACAAGAAUUUGUCCCAUUUCUUUUGAACUUCCUGAGAGUGCAGAGCAGUCAGGCCCUCACCCAUGGCCCUGCGACGCCAGCUAAGACCCCCAGCCGACACAAACCUGCUGCACAGACGCAAAGCUUCAGUGACAAGAGAGGUAGCCGGUCUGCUGGUGGUGGAGCUGGCUCUCGGAGUGCCAGCCGUGUCCAGCUGUUUUCUCCUGCUCCCUCAGUGUCCCCUGGAACAGAGUGGGAUGCUGCUGGUCAGUCAGGGUCUUUCAACAGCCCCCCUUUUACUCCAGGAUGGAGCCCCGCCUCCAGGCCUUCAGGCGCUGAUCGUCGGAGUAACCAGAGGAUCAAUCUGGGAGACUACAUGGUUUCUCCUCCUGACGUCCAGAACAGCCCCAGCUUCCAGUCACAAAAAGCCCGCAGGAGAGGUGGAGGCAGCAUGGCAGUGGGGGGACAGGGGAAACAUGGAGGAUGGCGUGGAGGACAUCAAAGUGAUGAGAGGAGGUCAGGAAGAGGUGGAGGAGGAGGAGGAGGGAAUAGUAGGAUAAGUGAGCAGGCUUCACCUCCAUCUGUGGAGCAACUCAACUUCAACAACUUGGAAGACUUCCCUCCUGUUGGAUCAUCACCCAUUUCACCGCCGGCAUCUAAACCAUCGAGAAGAAUCAACCCAACACCGGUCAGUGCAGAGCGGCCGCUCUCCAAACCAAAGACCUGCUUCACCUCCACCCCGUUCAGUGAGUCUUCGGGCCCCUCAUUAAUUACAGAGGCGCUUGAGGGGCCAAUGACAGUGGGGAGUCCCCCGAGUCUGCAGGAGGAGAGGGAGCUUCUCAAGAGAGAGAAGACAAAGCGAGCUCAGCAGGUCGGCUCUCCUCUGUCGUCCUCUCUGGACCCUUGCACCCCCACUAAGUCAGGGCUUAGGAUGGGAUCUAAAGUUACACCAGACCUGCAGACACCCUGUCCCGAACCUUUCAAAGUCACCUUCUCUCUGGAACUGGAUCUCCUGGCUGAGCUGUACUGCACCUGCAUCUCUGAGAACCUCUGUGGCAAACAUUUUCUAUGCAGUCUCUGCUAA